UUGUUUAGUUUUAGUAUAUCUAUGUAUUUAAAUUAAUUUUUUAUAUUUAGGUUGAAGGUUUGCUACAUCAUUUUGAUGUUUUGAUGGGUGGAGUUAAUGCUGGUGAACUUCUGACAAAAGCUCUAGAUGAUGAAAAGUUAUAUUUAUUUUUGUGUAGUUGCGGAAUAACAGACCUUGGAGUGAAGAAGGUGAUAUUAGAUUUAGAUAAAGCAAAGCACGAAACUUUGUCAGAUUUACCUGUGGCUCCUGGUCUUGUAAUGGCUUUGAUUACUUUAUUUAAUGAAAAAUUUGACACACUUUUUAUGUUUGUGGAUGAGACAGUGGAUCAAACAGAAUUGGCACCAGGACCAAACUUUCCACAUCUACGUGUUUAUGGAAAUUCGCUAUUCACAGCAAAUCGAUUCAUGCUGGUAAUAGAUUGCAUUGUUGUGGUUGAUGGGAUGACCAAUUUUGUCAAUUCAUUUUGUUGUUUGUUUGCUAGUUUUUAUAUUUUCAAUAUACCAUAUCCAAAAGAAGCUUCUUCAAUAUUAGAAUUUUGUCAACGUGCAUUUUUUGGCAUCAAUCCGGAAAAGGGUAGCAAAUCAAGGCGAACGAAGAAAACUUCAUCAAUAAGCAAAAUUGUGCUGUCGAUACUGCAGAAGUUUGCGAAAUUUAAUGUUUGAAUUUGCCAUGUUAAAAUCCUUCAUCUAACUUUAACUCAAACAACAAUUUAUUAUGUAGUUAUUUAUAUUUGUUUGUAAAUUUUCAAAGGUUUUACAA